CGGGGAGACGGGCAAGCGGCGCGUGCACCUCCUUCAGGGGUCUCUCAAGAUGGCGGCCGGGGGGCAACUGCUGACCUGGGAUAUUUCACCAAAAAAUGGCAGUGAAGUAUUUUUCUCCCAUGAAAUUUAUGAAAAAUAUUCACUGGCUCCGAGCCUCUCUGAACUGUGGCAUUUGUCAAACAGGGAGGCAAAGAAGAAUGUGGAGGCGUUGGCAAACUCUUCAGAAAACAGACAGACCAGCACACAGGCUGCAGAUCCAGUUCAGAGGAAGGCUGAAAGCACAGCUGAUGACCAUCCUUUCCCAGAACCUAGGGUCCCUUAUCCAUUUACCUCUUGUAUGACUGAGAAGGAGCAGAAAACAUAUUUAUACCUGAUGACCAAGUACUCCAAAAAAUUAAACCAUUUUCAAGUUAAUGCAGCAAGUCAAAGAGAAUUAUUCACCUAUCAGCAAAUGAGAGAAGUAGUAAACAAUGAAAUUGCAGAAUUUAUGAAAUUUGCUCAAAAUGCUGCAAAAAGCUGUGCCCAAGAUUAUGAUGACAUCUCUGAAGAUGCACUACUUUAUACUGAGGAAUUAUUCCGUGCUUGUAUUAGACAUGUACAAAAGUAUCCAGAGGUUUACAACCUCCAGGAGAUCAUGAGUAUCAUGGGAGGAAAGUUUCAUACACAACUGACCUUCAGACUGGAAAAAAAUCUUCUUGUAAUGGGUACAGCAAGACGUGUUAAAACAGAUUUUUCUACCAUGCCUGUUCAACUGCCCACAGAUUAUAAAACUGUUACAUCUAUUAUAACUCCAGAAAAAAAGGCUUCUUUUAUUCACAGUGAUAUCAGUUCAGAUUCAAAUGCAGAGAAACUUGCAUUGAAAUACUGUCCUCAAGUUGUUUUAAGUAAUCAGUCAUUAUUUACUUUACUGAAUAAUCAUGGGCUAAACUACAAGGAACAAUGGGAAAUUCCAGUUUGUGUUAAAAUGAUCCCUGUUGCAGGUAGCAAACCAGCUAAAGUGGUUUAUGUUGAUUCACCCCUGCUGAGAAAAGAAAUGACAGUCAGAGAGAGGAACCAGCUCUUCCAUGAAAUUCCAAUGGACUUCCUAGCAACUAAAACAUCUUAUGUUUCAAUUUCUGAUGUCUCAAUGGACAAACCAGCUGAGGACAACCUGCUUCAGUGGGAUAUGUCUUCUGAUACUUACCAGUACAGGAAGAUUUCACUUCCAGAUGACACAGGGAUGGAUUUUGAUGGUGAUGUGACAGAACUGGAAACCUUUGGAGCAACUGUCAAGCACUCGAGAGCUUCUAAAAUGGAAAGUACUUUUCCUGCAGUUAGUAACACUGCUAAAGUUGUAUCACAUGGCCUAAAAAUGGGGGAAAAAAGUACAUCCAUCAUAAACAAUGUAGGUGAAGAAGAGAAAAACACUAUUUCUGAGCAGCAGGUUUCAUCAUGUGCCAGCAUGCAGCUUCCAUCAUUAGACAGCUUUCUGUGCAUCAGCCCUGAAGAAAAUUCAUCUCAAAAAAGCUUUCAUUCAGAGGAGGUAGGACUGAACAAGGUACAGCAUGUCAUGACCAAGGAAUUAUCAGGCAAUGAAACAACAUUCAGUACUCUGUCUAAUGCUCUUAGUGGCAAGAAAGAGGCUGAUGUUGCACAAAAAAAUGAGAUCUGUGCUUCUUUAUGCAGUAGUGACACAGAUGAAGAGCGUUUGAUAAUUGAUACAGAAUCUAAAAACACUGAUAGUUGCAAAACUACUGUACCAAACCCUGUUUUUCAAACCUCAGCAGACACUCCCAAGUCCCCUUCCCUCACCCAGAUUCCACUAGCAAGUGUGACUGAUUGUUCAUCUACCAAGGAUCAGGAAAAAAAUGCCUCCAGAAAGCAUACAAGAAAGUUGUCCAAAGAAUUUGAUCCCGUUGGACAGAUUCUGAAAAUGCAAACUGAACUUCUCAAGUCGCCUUCCAAAAAAGAUUAUGAGCAGCCAGCAGUGAGCUGUGAUAAUUCUAAUGCUGUGCCAGGCCAUGAGUCUCAGUCUUCAAAUCCACUGGUGAACUCCAGCAGAGAAACAGUUCCAGCCCCUGCCUCAAAUCCCAAUGUCUCAUCUAGAAAUACCUGGACUUGGCUUUUUCAGGGAGUGCCGAGGAGAAAGCUGACAAGUGAACUUCAAGUACUUGAGGAAGACCCUUCGGAGUAUGAAGCACCGCAGGAUGGCAACCUUGUAUACAAGCUCUUCAGUCUGCAUGAUCUGUUGUUACUUGUGCGCUGCAGUGUGCAAAAAGUGAAGUCAUUGCCUCAAUACAAAAAAAAGAAAAAGCCUCAGAAGCUUACUCCAAUAUUCCUGUUACCAAAACUAGAAUACCAAGCCUAUUAUGGUGUCGAAGCUCUUACAGAAAGUGAAGUUUGUCAGUUGUGGACAGAGAGCAUGUUGCAUUCUGAAUGCUUAUUCUAUAUUGGACGUAUUGAUGCUUUUACAUCAAAGCUUAUUAUGCUAGAAAAGAUUUCUCCUGAAGCUUUAAGAGAAAAACUCGGAUUGAUUAAGCCUGCAAAUUCAUUAAAUAUACUCCAUCACAUUUUGAAGAAAGUGUCUGAUUUGCAGGAGGGCUCUUACUUGUUGAGUCAUGCAGCAGGAGAUUCUUCAGUUGCAAUCUACAAAAGUUCUCUUGACAAGUCAGUGAGAGCAUCUUAUAACUUACAUAAAGCUCAUUGUGAUCUGCCUCCUGUACCUGCCACUCUUUCAGUCCCAUGGGUACCGCUGGAUCCCAGCCUCCCUUUGCCCUAUCACAUGAUUCAUGGAAGAGUUCCAUGCACCUUUCCACCUGCACCCCAGGACUCCAAGUGGAAACAGAAGGUGACUGGAGUGAAAGGGCAGUCAGACACACCCUAUGAGGGAAAGCCAGGAGCUAUGGAAACAAAAGGCAAUCCAGCUAAGCCUGUUAGAAGCCAAGGUGUGGCUACAAAGAGGCAGAAGAAGAAUGGCUGCCAACAAAGAAUGAUGAAGAAGAAGUGGAAAGUGAAGUACAACAAAAUGCAGCAGAAGUAGGAAUAGACAAACCAGACUGCAAGAAGUAUGGCCUGGAGAAGGAAAAGACUGAACAAAAAAUCUGAGGCUUUCUUGCAGAUAUAAAGGAGCUAGAACAAGCUGGCAGGAGUAGGGGCUCUGCAGCUAAGCAUUCUAUCAACCUUUAGCCCUUCUUAUCUCUGGACACAUUUCAAGUGAGAAUCUCGAGUUCAGUCAGAGGGAAAAAAAAAGGCAAGUGUCUGCAGCUGAGGUUUGGGGACAAAUGUAUCUUUUGGUGGUAUCAUGAUUUUCACAGAAAAACUACAACUUCAAGAAUGAAGCAGUGGUCAACAGCAAUAUCUGGUAUCACAGCACCAAGAAUAAUAAGUUUUCAGCUUUCUAAAGUCUUCGAGAUUUGAUACAGGUGUUUAAUCUGACAUUUUAAAAUUUUAUUUUACUUUGUGUAGUGUGCAUGUGAGGAACAACUUUUAAUUCUUUUAACACACAGUGUCUACCAUUUUUGAAAUAGAAAAAUACAUUUUCCUGUUUGGAUGACGUUCAUGGGGAGUUGUUCAUAUGCAUGCCUAAACUGGUCACACAAAAACCAAAAGCUUUCAAGAUGUUCUUGAAAGUCUUUUAUUUGAACCUAAGAAAGUUAGCAAAUACAGAUAUCUGACUAAGCAUUCUCUGCUCAUAAGGGCUUGAUAUGACACAUUUUAAUGUCAUGAAAGUAAAUAUAAAGUAUUUACAUUGUUUAUUGGGUAUACCUGUUAGAAAAUCCUCAAGUCUUUUUUUUUUUUUAAAGCAGGC